AUGAGUUCUGACCAUCCUCUGCAGCUCGAGCAGCAGCUUUCAGUCGUACCGACGGAUGGGAAAGAUUCCUACACAGGGCGCUAUGAAGCCUGGGGACACAAUGGAGUCCCUCAUCUCAUGGGCUCUGUCGUGAUGGGUCAGGCUGCGCUAGCAGCCUACGAGACUGUGCCACAAAACUUCUCCCUACACUCAGUGCAUUCUCGAUUCCUGGGCGCUGGCAUGAAGAGCGUGCCGAUUCAAUAUGAAGUGCAACGAGUUACGACAACGUCGAGAUCUGCAUGCCGUGUCGUCCAAGCGAAGCAGAAAGGAGUCGUCAAAGUCAUGAACACAUUCAACUUUACCGGACCAGCGCCUGAGGACCGGACUCCUCAAAUCUUCGACCAUGUUCCCAAGCCUUCAAGCGAGACGCUAGCAGCAGCCUCCACGCCGACCGACCUAGGACUGGAUGACGGCCACGCAGGCCUGUACGGCGUCAUCGCAAAAAAGCCAAAGGGCUGGCCAGCGAACACGGCAUAUCCUGCGAUCAGCAACAUCAGACUCAGUGUCUCGGACGACGAAGAGAUAUCUCAAAGAAAAUACCGCAUCAAAUUCCGAACACUCUUCCCAAACACAACCUCAAAAGCGCAACUGGUCGCCACACGCUUCUUCUCCGACUUCUACACGCUGGACACGCCACUGACGGUACAAGACAUCGACUUCGGGUUUCGACCAAUCGGUGACAGGUCCAGUUCGCCAAAACUCAACCCAACGAAAAUAAAGGUAUUGAGUACGCUCAGUCAUACCCUGCACUUUUGCGUGACCGAGGGUUUCGAUGUCCACGAAGGGAUACUCAUGGAGUGCGUAACGAAGUGGGCGAAGGGCAGGAGGGCAGCAAUCGGGAUUACGAUAUGGGACACUAGGGGGAAGCUGAUAGCGACUGGAGAGCAAGAGGGUUACUUUGUCUUCAAUGAAACUCCAAAGGUGGAGAGUAGUAAGAUUUAG